AUGGAUAUAUUUGUUGAUGAGACACAAAAAAAUCGCAGAUAUGAAAAAGUUUGUCACCUUGGCGAGGGUCAAUUCGCAAAUGUGUUCCUGGCACGUGAUCUGCAAAGGGGCGGUUGCCUCGUAGCUAUAAAAAAGGCAACGGAUGGCAUGAAUCUCUCGGCCAUACGCGAAGUCAAACUCCUGCGCGAAAUCGAGCACCCAAAUGUGAUGAGUCUUCAAGAUGUCUUUAGUCAGGAUUCUGGGAUCUGUUUAGUUUUUGAAUUUAUGGAAUCUGAUCUGGAGGCUGUCAUCCAGGACUCCAGUGUUGUACUGACUCCAGCCAAUAUUAAAUCAUUGAGUCUUCAGGUGAGUUACCACUUUGCUCUACAACGCUUUCAGCUUUUGAAAGGUGUCGAAUAUUUACACGCUCAAUGGAUUCUGCAUCGUGACCUCAAACCAAACAACCUCUUUCUCAGUCCGCAAGGUGUCGUCAAGAUAGGGGAUUUUGGCCUUGCAAGGCACUUUGCGGCCUCUCCUGGCAGAGCGAUGACCCAUCAAGUGGCCACGCGCUGGUAUCGCGCACCUGAGCUCAUCUAUGGUUGCACACGCUACGGAGUUGGCAUUGAUUUGUGGGCUGUUGGUUGCAUUAUUGCCGAGUUUCUGCUUCGCGUGCCUCUCUUCACGGCCGACUGUGAUUUUUCGCAACUAGAUAAGAUUUUUGAGAUAACGGGCACCCCGGAUGAGAAUAUGUGGCCAGACGUGGUUCGAUUGAAUGGCUACUGUUCAUUCAAACCGCGUCCACCAAUGCCGUUUUCACAAAUAUUCACGGCAGCAGGAGACGAUCUGAUAGCACUACUCUACACCCUGCUUUCUCUGGACCCCGACCUAAGAGGGACUGCCACAUCGGCUUUGGCGUCAGCCUACUUCCGUAAUCGCCCUGAACCCACGCCCGAGGCACAACUGCCGCGUCCAAAGUUGAGUCAUUCGGUGGCGGGCACGCUGCAACAGCGGCAACGCCAGGUUAUUGCACCCAUUGACCCCGCCUCCUUCUUUGAUGACGCUGACCUGCCUCCCACACCGCCACCCAAACGCCGGAAGGAACCAUAA